ACGCGUAGUAAAAUAUGCGCUUGCGCACAAUUUGCAGUGCAGGAACGCGGACUGGAUAGCCACAGUGCCUCUGGUGGGGUUUGUACACAGUGCUGAACGAAGGGUUUUUGCUGGUCAUAUUUUUGCCAUGUCUGUGAAUUUGCCGCAGUCUGUCAAAGGCAUAGUUACUCCCAGUGGCAGAGAUCUCAGCCAGGACUGCACAAGUAUGAUCAUGCCCUCUGGUGUUUCCAGCUUCUUGCUGGAUUGUAUGGCUUCAGACCUGGAAGCGAGUGACCCACUUUCUUCCAUCGAGACUUUGUGCAAAGCUGAUUCUUAUGAUGAGGGUACAGGCUUAUUCAGUGAAGAUGAAAUGCUGCACUGCUAUAUAAAGAACUCAACUCUUCUCAGUUUCAGUGAUGCUGUGAAUAUUGGCAUGCAGCACCCUCCAAACCUCUCCUCCAUUCUGGAGCCGUCACCUGUUUUUGACAGACAAUCUGCAAAAGAAUCAUUUUCUCUCACACCCCCCCAACCUGUGUCACCUAUCGGCUCCUUACCUUUAGUUGGGCCAUGUGAAUAUAUGACAUCCCAAAAGAAUACUUCAGGUGGUAAAAGAAAAAUCCCUGGAUUUGAAGAAAGGACUCCUUUAACUAAGAUAGUUUCUCCUGUUGUGAAAAAAAAGCCUUUUACAGGAAAAUCCAUGCCAGUAAAAUGCAGAAAAGUGACCUUCAGUGAUGUCAUCAGCAUGCAGACCAUAUCAGUGAUUAAUCCUGAUUCAGCUAAGACUCAAAGAAGAGCCUAUAAUGUCCAUAAGAAUGACAUGAAAAGGACCACCCAAGAGGCUUCUUCAGAGACAGCAAGAUUUUUUGACUUUGCUGAUGAAUGUGAGAAGGAAGCAUUUUUUCAAAGACUGAAGCUGACCUACACCUUUCAACUUCCUGCUAAACUGAUUACAUUAACAGACCUGCCAAGAACUGUCAAUAUCAAACCGGGACCUAGCUCAAGGAGCUUGGUAGCCUUUCUCCAACACAAUUCUCAUUCUGUCAUGGGUAUGUAUGGUUUUCUUGAACUUUGGAAGCUUUAUAAUUAUCAACAAUCUUUCUUAUAUGAUUUCAUUUGUCUGUUCUGCUUCUUAAGAUAACCUCUUAGUGCAGUUGCUACCAGUUCAUGUUAACAUAAGGACUCAACAUACUCGGCAGUGUGUUGUUAAACCAUAUUAUAUUAAGAAGUGAUUUUUGAUACAGCAUUCUUUAUUAAAAUUGAUCAUUGCAUGUAUAACGAGUCCUUUAUUCCUUUGUAUGUGUGUGUGCUGGUGACUGUUGCUUUUCAUUAAUGACCUGUCCCUAUGAUCUUGUUUGCAUUUAUCAAUGACCCAUGCCUAUGAUCUUCCAAGGCCCUCUAUGUUUUUGUUUGCUUUUCAUUACUGACCUGUGACUAUGAUCUUCCAAGGCCUCCGUGAGCCUAAUGGCCCACUUAAUGUUUAACUUUCCCAUGUUGUAUGCUUUUCUCCUAAAGAACUAACGUAGAACAGGUAUAGGUCUGGCAAGGAGGCCAAGGCAGCUACAGUACCAGCAAGAGUGGGGAUGACAUGUUGUGUUGUUGUGUACACCUGUCCUCUCUCUUGUCUACAACCGAUAAGCAGGUGAUUGAAUAGUGUGUAAAGAUUUCAGGAGGAAGAACUGGGAAAUGAGGAGGUAGCUGGGACCAUUCCAAGUGACCAUUCCACUUUAGACAAUGUAUAGUAAGUGAGUCCUAAAACAACAGACAAUGAUCUGAAUGACAAAGGGCACACAGUUAGGUGCUACUACACAGUAAAAAAUGGGGUGUUAAUAUUUCAGAGUAAAGUUAUUUUAACCCAGAUAGAGUAUUUUCAACAUUUUUGGGGAGUAAAGUUGCUCUAUUAGUGGAGUUAAAAGUGAGUGUAAAAAUCUGCAGAAACGCAGUGACAAUUUCAACUCUACAGCAGUGAUGAAUACCCACCACUCUGCUGUGUUGUGAAACGUGCAUGCAUUUCGGUGGAGGAAGAUUCAGAAGGAGCAACGCUAGGCCACUGAUAUUACUACAGUAGGCAAAAUGCUGUUGCGUGUUCAGUUCAGGGAAGAGCAGAAAUACGCCAAUCUGUCUGAGCUGACAUUCAAUGCUUUCUUGAAAGAAGGUGCCUCACAAUCAUCAUCAUGCUCGGGUUCAUCUGAUGAUACCGUCAUCCUGAAUUUCACGAUGUGUGACCCUGCUGCCGAAGGAAACCAGCCUAAAAGGCCAUGCCACAUAAACUACGAGGCAAAAGCGUUGAUUGAAAAAAAUCUUAACAUCAAAGUCCGGUGGUGAACGCAUUAUGCAAGAGUAUGGAAAAUCCAAAUCCCUGACAGAUGCCACCAGAAGAUGAUUAAAAUACUUGCUGCUGAGAUGACAGAAACACAUGGGACAUCCCCCCAAAAGUGUCAGUGUGAUGUAUGCACAGGGGAUAGUAGCUUUGUUUCCCUAUCUAGAAGACCAAUACUCACAACAUGGAUAUGAACAUUACUACGAUGCAGAGAGUGGUUCAGGAUACCUUACAUGGCGAUUGAAGACCAUACAAAGAAAAACAGCAGAGGAAAGAGGUGCCUCAGUCAGCAAAUCUCCUAAAGGUCGUGUUUGUCAGACCUUCACCUUUAACAGAGAGCCAUCUGAUGAGAAUGUGGAAGCAGCUAUUGCUGUUUUGAGACACUCUGCUGAUGAAAAGACUGUCUGUGAGAAGAUGAAAAUGACCUUCAUCUUUCGGCAAGCAAUGGUCAACAAUGAAACCAAUUCAUCAGAUGUCUUCUUGGUCUUCCCACGAUUUCUGCACACACCAGGCCUGAUAGAACAUGAUUUCAGAUUUCUGUUUGGUGAGGCCACGGCCAACAAAUUCUUGGAGAAGUGGCCAACCACUUUUAAAGCAAAAGUAAUAAAGGAAAGCCAUGGACUUGUACCCACCACAGAACUCUUGGAUUUGAUGCGCAGUGCUGAGUCAGCUGCUGAAGUUGAGAGUGGCUGGGAGAGUGAUAUGUAUGCCAUCUUGCUGCUGCUACAUCUGCUGUAGAUCAGCUCAUCAGAUUUCAAAAGCACCUUUGAGUCUUAGUGGAACCUCCAAAAACAGGUGUCAGUGUUGACCUAAAUGUAUAAAUCACACUGAGAUAGAGCCCUGUCUGGUCCAUGGCCAACCCAAAAACGGUUACUUUGUUGAACCACGCAAUUGACUGCUAGUGGGGAGAGAUUGCACAAUCACAAAACUGUCCCAGAAAAGGGAUCCCAAUUUAAGUGACCUAGAUCUGGACAGCUGCCCGCCCAGACCUCAGGCACACCCGCAGCUGACAAAAAUCUUCAUAUGUAGCAAAGAGGACAAUUAAACGGUCUCCAGAUAUCUUGCACGAUUGACAGAAGUACAUGAUGCUUACAGUUUCCUUCAACACCCUGAGAGGCUGACAUCACACCAUACAAGGCACAUCUGAGAAACAGUGUCAUCAAUAAAUUAAGAGUCAAGCAAAAAUGCAUUACUUGGGACACUGGGUCCUCGGCAUAACGAGCCAUCAUUGCACAUUACUUGUUGAACAAAUACAUAUACAAUUUCUAGUUGACUCAGGAGCAGGGCACUCUGUGAUACGAUUGUGUGAAUUUUACUACGGAAGCAUCGGGUAUAUUGAGACAUUAUCUGAGCCCUUAGGGUUCAAAACCAUAACUAUGCAGAAACAAUUUGAAUUCUCUUUUCUGAUCUCUGUUUGCCCAAAUCCGUUGGGCUGAGAUUUGAUGUGCAAACUAAAUUUAAAUCUGAUCAGCACAUCACUGGCCUUAGGAUAAAAUGCGGAGAUUAAUACUGCUUUGUGAAAUAUGAUCUCACUUCCCUGCUCUAUGUGCACGAAUGAAGACUGUGCGAUUCUUCUCUGCUAACAUCACACACUGUCUUGUAGGAAAAGCAAAAACUAUCUCUUCCCCUUCUCACAAAUACUACAUGACAUCGGGAGCUCUGUAUUGCACUGCACACAUACACGAAUCAGAUGAGAGCUAUGAGAAAGAGUGGUAAAGUAAGUUAGAUAAGCCAGGCAUACUGAUAUUGAAGUGUUUAUAUGGAGUGAGCACAAAUGUGCUGUAGACUUAUUAAAUUUCAGUUCGAGCUGGUUAUCCGCACCCACUCUAAAUAAACCCUGCAUCUCUGCAUAUCUCUUUAGCCAGAUCUGUCAAUGAUGAGCGGAAACCUUGGGAAAAUGGAUGUUACAGGUUGUGAGGACUCAUGAUUGGGAGCAAACUGAGAAGCCAGCCCAAAAUUGAAUGCAUAUAGCACACCACUAAAUUGGUGCAGUAUGAACACAGUGUCGUGACUGCUUUUGGAACAAAAAAAGCACAUAACAGUCGCACAAUUGUUCACACUUCAAAAAACUAAAUGUAAGACAGUAAAAAAAAAAUCUUAUUUCUAGAAAAUGUCUUUGUUUUUGCCAUAAAAGAUA